CCCUAGUUUGUGGUUGGCAUUGGUCGUAUCGAAUCGUGUAAAUAAACAAUAACAUUAGGUAUUUAACGUUCUACUGAUUACGAUUAAAUGCGAUACGAGAAUAGAAAGCCGUCGAGUCAAGUUCGUAGUAAGGCUAAUGACCCCAACGAAACAAAACUAUGCGUUGUAUUAACAUGUGAUGUAGUGUUUAUAGUAAAAUAAAAAAAUAAAAAUAUUCUUCUUCAGCACCAUGAAGUUCAAAAUAGACAAAAGGCUGUUGCCUAUUAAGGUGCAUUUCUUCUUCUUUUUCGCUGCGUUAGGACCACUUCUGCCACAGAUGAAUGUGUUCGGUCGACAGCUUGGUAUAUCAGCAGAUGUUAUGGGAAUGGUGACAGCGGUCCUACCAUUGCUAUGGGCUGCCGCUAAACCACUGUUCGGUUACGUAGUCGAUUACUGGCCUAGUCAAAGGAAACUAGUAUUUAUGCUGUUAAUAGUUGUAAUGACUGGUUCAUACUGUGGUUUGUGGUUUCUACCAAUGCCCGAAGAGCCGGAAUCGUCUGUACCACUUGUCAGAUCUGUAUAUCAAUUCAAUGACACUGUAACAGUCCAGUCGUACAAAAUUGACCCUUCUGAACAUUUACAAAUGGUCAACUGUCAUUGGAGUUGUGAAAGAAGUUAUGAAAUACGAGUUUAUUUGCCUAACUCGUCUUUAGUUAAUACAGUUUAUGUAGACGGAGCUGUGAAUGAUACAACUUGCUCUUUCUUACGUAUGCAUUAUGUGGAUACUAGAGUGGGACAGGUGAUAUGCUCGCCGAAAAAUGAAUGUAUUUUGAUGUGUUUUGAAGAAGGAAUAAGAGUUAAUGGAAGUAGAAAGAGAAGAGAAGUAAGCGGAUCUAAAGAAGCUAACUCUUUAGAAGUUGAUGCUAAGAUCUUUAGUAAAAUAGAGAAGGGAGAAGAAAAUGAUGGAUACGUUUAUAUGAGUGUUGUUUUUUGGGUUUUCGUCGUGUUAAUGUGUAUUGGUACAGUUGCAUUUAAUGUUGCUAAUUGUAUCGGAGAUGCGGUCUGUUUUGACGUACUGGGUGCUGAAGCCGCAUCAAAGUAUGGUGCACAAAGAGCUUGGGGUACUGCUGGGUAUGGGAUCACAGCACUUCUUGGUGGUUGGCUUGUUGAUUUAGUCUCUGGGACUUAUAAGGAUUUUACUCCUGCAUUCAUUGUGGCUAUAGUUGCUACGGCUAUUGAUUUAUAUAGUUGUAGGUCGCUUAAGCUACCCUCACUUUCAAGUCCUGAAGAUUCAGGGAAGGCGUUACGCGACGUACUGAAAAUACCAAGGGUCUUAAUUUUCAUAGUAUUUGCAGUUGUCGCCGGAACAUUUGAUAGUUUUAUUAUAUAUUAUAUGUUUUGGUUUCUUGAGGAGCUGGCGGAGCAGACAGGUUGUAAAGCACGGAUAAAGUUGAUAGAGGGCGUUGUCGUCGCAGCGCAGAGUUUCAUCGGCGAACUUCUCUUCUUCUUCUUCUCCGGUAAAAUAAUUAAAAGAUGGGGCUAUCGGAGAACUCUUACAUUCUCUCUCUUCUGCUACGGUAUUAGACUAGCUCUCAUCUCCUUUAUCCAGCAUCCCUGGCAUCUCGUAUUUAUUGAGGGUAUAAUGCAAGGGCCUACUUACGCGCUGUGUUACUCUACAAUAGUGGGUUACGCGGCACAUGUCGCACCUGAAGGUUAUUCAGCAACUGUUCAAGGUAUUGUUGCAGGAAUGGACGAUGGGGUUGGUUUCGCAUUAGGUUCCCUAUUAGGCGGGCAAUUGUACGCCCGACUGGGAGGGCGAGGUGCAUUCCGUACGUUGGCAGUGACAGCUGUAAUAGCUGCAUUAGCGCACGGAGCAUUGUCUAUUAAAAAGAAAACUACAAAACAAACAGAAGAAUUACCAAAAGAAGAGGACGAGAAAAUGUUACCAGUGGUAAUAAAACAUGACGCAUCUAUAUAUAAAGAUACGACUGUACCGUUGACUGAAGUCGGACAAAAUGGUGAUAGGUGACAUGUGACGUAACAAGGGACAUAUGACUUAUAGCUAGACCGAUACUGGUUGAUACGUUGAUAUAAAGAUAUCAGAUUUAAAAAAAACUUUGUUUACUACUAUAUUACCGGUUCGAUGUUGUAACCGAUGUUUUUUUUGUUGUCUGUUUAAAAUAUCACAGUUAUGUAUUUUUAUAGUAUUA